CAGAAGAACAAAGACGGCUGCUGACGUACCCAACCGACAGGGAACUCUGUCUGACCCCUUGUGGCCGAGUUGCUGACGUUUUUAUUUUUUUUCCCAAAAGCCACGUUAAUCCACUUAACUUUGUCACAACGUGAAACUUCAAGUUAUUUGUUUUAAUUAUCAGUUAUCGCUUGACAGCCAUUCGUUUCUCGGCUAACGUUUACGGCUACUGAGUUAGCCUUAACGUAUAUUUUACCUUACACUUUUCGCAAACCUUUAAAACCAUUUGUUAUUCGCCCAUUUUCACUCGUGUUUAUAAAUUUAGUUAUUGAUUGGGAAAUAUUUGUUUUACUGUAAUCACUAACUUUGAGCAAUUACUUAUUUUUUUACAGGCUAUUAAGCAUUAAUAUUUGCUCGCGUUUUUUUACGAGUUUUAAAUUAGGUUAAUGUUUGUUUAUAAUGUGACGUUUGAGUUCAGUUUUUCUGUUCUGAUCAAUAUGGACAUCUACUGUAUUUAUCAAACUCCUUCAGGAGUUUAACAUACGUCGUAAAUUCAGUCAUUAUUCCGACCACUGGUUGGCGGUAGUGUGCAAACCACGACAAUGUGAUACAGAAGAGCAAGAGCCUCAUUCAUGGACAGAGAUUGAACCGUUGUUUACAUCCAAGUCGUUUCUUCUGUGAAAUGGAAUUUAAAAUCCGCGCCGCGGCCAAAGAAGACUGUGAAGAAAUCUUCAGGAUGAUAAUGGAACUGGCAGUUUUUGAGAACAUGCCGGACCAAGUGAAGAUUUCACACCGAGAACUGGAGAACCACGGUUUUGGCCCCAACCCUUUAUUUGAAUGUCUGGUUGCAGAGGUUCCCCAGGAGGAAAAAUCCAAAGAAGGGUUCACGGUCGUAGGCUACGCCCUCUACUUCUACACCUACAGCACGUGGAGAGCUCGGGCGCUACAUCUGGAGGAUCUGUACGUGAUGCCAGAAUUCAGAGGAAAUGGCAUAGGCAAAGGAUUACUGAGCAAAGUGGCUGAGGUGGCCAAGACUCAGCAGUGCGCUCGUCUGCAGUUGUCAGUGUUGGACUGGAACACGCCGAGCCGCGACUUCUACUCUGCCAAAGGAGCUCAGGACCUGACUGUCAGCGAAGGAUGGCACCUGAUACGGUUUGACGGAGAAAACCUGGACAACUUGGCAAAGGAGGCACCAAAGGAUGGACGAUGACUUCAAACACAGGCCUGUGUGUUUUCUUCCUUUGAUCACACCACUGUAGACCUUUGUUCUUAAAGAUUGAUUUCAUUGUCAGAACGACUUCAUUCACUCAGGGGUUCACUAUUAUUUUAAAUGAUAAAUUAUUUAAUCAAAUGUGAUUUUAUUCAGUUGUUAAAUUAUGAUUCCUUAAACACAAAUCAAACUCUGGAAAUAUUUCUUAAAGUCUGUUGGUGUUUGUGAAUGACGUUGACGAAAAGUGCGGGGUGUGUUACCGAGUGUAUCCAGCAGGUGGAGCCUUUAUACCAAGUACCACUCGUGCCUCCUAUUUACCCUCGUGUGAUGUAGUUUACGGUGUGUGUGGACGAUGUGAAAAAUGA